UCUCCAAAUGUCUUGGCUGAUUUACUUCUACAACUAUUUUUUCACAACAAGAUAGGAAAACAAAAUUUAAAAAAAUACAAAAAUAAAUUCAUGGGCUUUAUGGUCAUUUCACUACCCCAUCUUAUGGAUCCGCGCGUUUUUAAUUUUAGUUGGAAAGGCAGCGUCCGACGUGGCACCUCUCUCUUCUUCUUCUUCUUCCUCCUCCUUCACAGCUGGGAUCUUCCAUUACCUUUUUGACAGAUUUCAGAUUCUUCUUCUUCAUUGACGUUUCUUCUUCGUCUUCUUCGUCUUCUUCGUCUUCCUCUUCCGUUUUUCUUCGUUUAACGUUUUUUCAAUUGGGUUUUUUUAAAUCCCUUUUUUGGGGUACUUUUUUCUUUUGUCGUGAAGCAUCUCUGUUUCUCUUGCACUGUCGUUUCUGAGUAUAUGGUUCAUUAAUGUUGAUAAUAAUGUUGAUUAUGUCGUGAAGGUUCUUCAAUGGCGGAUGUGGGACUGUUCCAUUUUCAUCCCUUCUUUUAACUGCCCUUAAUCCGGAGUUGUUCUUUCUUGGCGUCUGGUUUAUUUUUCUUCUUUCGUUUCUUGUCCUUAUGGGUUUCUCGAUUUUAGAUUCUUAGUACAUUUUACCGAUUUCAAUUUGGGAAAUUCUUCUUUAUCUUUGUUGUUGGGGAUUUUGGAUUCCCCCCAUUUGCCCGAUUCUUCGGUUUUCUUCCUUAUUUUAACCCCUAAAAUUCCGUUUCCUGUCAAAUUUGCUUUUCGAUCAAAAUGUUUGACAUGUUCUUGAAGCCUAAGUUCUACACAAAAUGCAAAUCUUGCGUAAAGAUGACGAAGACGCGACUGGAUUCAAUUCGGAAGAAGAAGAAAGCGGUUCUCAAGUAUUUGAAGAACGACAUUGUUGAACUUCUCAAGAGCCGUCUCGAUUACAAUGCUUACAACAGGGCUGAAGGGUUUCUUGUUGAGCGAAAUGUCUUGAGAUGUUAUCUACUGAUUGAUGAGUUUUGUGGGACAAUCUCCAGUCAAAUUCCUGUCCUAAGCAAGGAGAGCGAAUGCCCUGAAGAAUGCAAAGAAGCGGUUGCAACGUUGAUUUAUGCUGCAGCAAGAUUCGCUGACUUGCCUGAGUUGAGAGAGCUCCGAAGUCUCUUUACUGAGAAAUAUGGAAGUUCCUUUGGAUCAUUUACUAACAAAGAGCUUAUCGAGAAGUCGAGGGCAACGGCUCAAACUAAAGAGAUGAAGAUUCAGCUGCUCCAGGAGAUAGCACAGGAUUCAGCCAUUGAUUGGAAUUCCAAGGCUCUUGAGCAGCAACUGUAUACUCCUCCUCCCCAAAAUGAACCUGCUGGUGAACGGAGUGCAACCAUCAAAAGAAACAAAACCAAGAUUGUCACCGUUCCAGUGCAUGAAAGAAAGACAAUCUCACCAAGAAAAAAAGACAAUAGUGAUAACGAAUCCAUCUUCGAUAGUAGAAGUGAAGGUAACACAACCGAAACAUCGACUGGAGAUAGUACUGAUCAAGAUGUUCAUAAAGGCAUUUCAGAGGAUGAAGUAGAAGAUCAGAAACCCUUCUACCUUAGAUUUGUCCCACCUCCCUACCUUAAAACUAAACCUAUCAAAACGGAGGCAAAUGUGGAGGAAUCUCAAAAAGUGACUGUCGGAAACAACGAUGAAAGUAAUAAGCAGCAUCCCAAGUCACCCACAGAAGAGAAGCCGAAACCGAGAUCUGUGAGACGAAGAAAUGUGAAACCACAGCCUGCAAGGGACAUCAACAUUGAUGAUGCUGGCAGUUCCACAAUCGAUGGAGCGGAAAAGACUAGUUUGAGUCAAAACAAAGGUAAAGAAACCAUGAUAGGGGAAGAGAGAGGUGCAGGGGAUGAUGAAGAAAGAGUAUUAGAUGGGCUUUUAAUGCAAUACAGUAGGAAGAAAACAAGUCAAGAAUCAAAUAGAGGAAAAGGCAACCUUAAGCCUCAAAGACAGCAAGAGAAAGACAAUGCGGAACCUCAAAAGCCCAAAAGUACGAAAACUGAGGAUUCUUUUGUCCCAGCCAGAGCAGUUUCACUUCCCACAGACCAAAGUGAACCAGUGAAAAAGCAUACUAGAACAAAUUCUUUUGUUCAUCCUAAGCUCCCGGAAUACGACCAACUCGCAGCUCGGAUUGCAGCACUCAAAGAGAAGUAAAAGACGUCGAUACCAGAUGCUCGAGAAGGUAUCGAAUGUGGCUGUUACAAUGUUAAGUCAUGGAAAAAGGCUCCUUGCCUUGAAAGAAGAUUCUUUACUUGGAAACUAGACCAAUUGCACACUUGCAAUUUCUAUAUAGGAAAUUCUAAUACUUUCUGACUACUUACUCCUCUAAAGGUUUGCAGUAUCUAAAUACAUUGAUUUCAUAUUAUAGUAUGUAGCUUUAAAAAAAAUCAGUAAAAUUGUUCUAAAGGGUAUAUAAUUCACGUUGAUUGUGAUA